AUGAACUCUACCACACGUUGUGAGGAGCUGGCACAAGGAAACAGCACUGCCGUGAGUGAGUUCAUUAUCUUGGGAUUUUCCAGUAGCCUGUUAGGGCAGGUGCUGCUUUUCCUGUUGUGUUUUGCUAUCUACACUCUCACCCUGCUGGGAAACAGCCUCAUUGUUCUCAUCACACUGGCUGACCCAGCCCUCCACAUCCCCAUGUAUUUCUUCAUGGGGAACUUGUCCUUCCUGGAGAUUUGCUACAGUUCAGUCACCCUGCCCAAGAUGAUGGUCAUCUCCCUCACUGGGGAUAACACCAUCUCCUUCACAGGUUGUGCAGCUCAGAUGUACUUUUUCCUUCUCCUGGGCUCUGCUGAGUGCUAUCUCCUGGCUACCAUGGCCUAUGACCGCUAUGUGGCCAUAUGCCACCCUCUGCGCUACGUGUCCAUCAUGGAGAGGAGGUCUUGUGUCUGGCUUGUGGCUGGGUCCUGGCUGAGUGGGAUUCCCGUUUCCUUCAUUCAAACCACCUUGGUCUUCACCUCCCCGUUCUGUGGCCCCAACAAAAUUGACCAUUUCUUCUGCGAUGUGGCACCUGUGCUGCGACUGGUCUGUGCCGACACAUCCCGCAACGAGAUGUCCAACAUCACAGUCACUGUGGUCUUCCUCGCCACCCCCUUCACCCUCAUCCUCACCUCCUAUGCCUGCAUCAUUGUCACCAUCCUAAAAAUGUCCUCCCCAGGGAGCAGACAUAGAGCCUUCUCCACCUGCUCUUCACACCUGGUGGUUGUGACACUCUUUUACGGUUCUGGCAUGGUCAUGUAUCUGCGUCCCAGAUCCAGCUACAUGCCAGAGAAUGACAAGCUGCUGUCCCUCUUCUAUACCGUGGUCACUCCCAUGCUGAACCCCAUCAUCUACAGCCUGAGGAAUGAGGAGGUGAAGGGGGCACUGAGGAGGAGGGUGUCUGGGAAGAGGUUGUCCCCAUUACAAUAA